AAUAUUGAAUUUUGACGGCAAACAUUCAGUGAUGAGUUACUGCGCGUCCCUCAAUCAUUCGUCGCUUAUCUUGGGAAACAUGCUCUGCACAGAUACAUGACCUCUGGGUUAUUGACGUCUCUUCUAUUGUUGUGUUGGGAGUCCCACUGGUCAGAGUGUGGGAACCCCAGCCCGGCCUGAGCCACAUGCCUUUGUUAUGCAAAUGUGAGCCUAUAAAAAGAGGAGCAGCUCCUGCACAGACACCAAAGCCAAUAAUACUGUCGUGGAAGAAGCUUCUCCUCUGCACCUGCAUAGAGAUGGCGCCUUGUUCUUCCAAUUUCUCUUUCAUGCAGCAUGCCAGGAUCUCUGAGAGGGAAAACAUCAAAUUAAGAAAACCCGUCGUAGAGAAAAUGCGUCGGGACCGCAUCAACAGCUGCAUCGAGCAGCUCAAGCUCAUCCUGGAGAAAGAGUUCCACAAGCAGGAGCCCAACUCCAAGCUGGAGAAGGCCGACAUCUUGGAAAUGACCGUCAGCUUCCUGAGGCAGCAGCUGCAGCCCACUGUUGGUGCGAACGGCAGUGACUACAGUCGUGGUUACUCUCACUGCUGGAGGGACUCGUUGCACUUCCUCUCCACGGGUAGCGCAGGAGCCUCAGCAAGGGCUGAGACGAUCCGGGGGGACCGCAGCCCCUCUCUGGAGUUCUCGCCCGGAAGAGGCACCAGGCUGCAGGACAGCAGCGGAUGCCCCGUGUGGAGGCCAUGGUAGAAGACUCGGACCCCUCCUGGGAAGUACUCAGCGUCUCAUCAUAUUGAUGGACACGCUGGAAAAGACACGGCUCCCACUUAUCUAGAAGAUCCUUUGCUUUGACUGUGAUUCACCGUUUGACCUUUCUUUUCUCUGGUUUUGUGUGAUGAUGGUUUUUUUUUAAUCGUUUACUCCAGUGGAGUUGUAUAACUUGCUCAAUUGUAACAGUGUAUCUCUGCUGUAUUGCCUCGUACUGACGGCUCAUGUUGAGAAUAUUUCUCUCUUAUCGUUGAAUGAACUAUGCCAAAUUGUAUAAUGCUGAGUGACGUGACUUAUUUGACCGUGUGUGUGAAUGUGACUGUUAUUCUUUCGACUAUGACAUUGAUGCUCUUAAAACUCAUUUUGUACGACAAUUACAAAUACAAAUAAAACAAUCGUGGGGGAAAAAAAACAACAACAUUUUUUUGACUCAUUGACUUGAGAUAAUUAAUCAUUUGUUAAGAUGUGAAGUUCAUAAUUUACUUUUGUCUAUUUGUUAAAAAAAACAUGAUAUGCUCAAAAAAUGUGAUUUAAAAAGUUCCAAAGAAAUAUACUCAUUAAAAGCCCUCAAAUGCAAAUACGGCAUGCUGUAUAUUUUUGUUUUAUACACAACACCUCAAAUC